UGUCCGCUUACAGAUUAAAUGAUUUAGCUCUUUAUUCUAUGCGCUAGGCUAAUUAUAAAAUAAAAGUUGGUUGUUUCCAACGAAAAUAGUAACUUCUGAAUAUUGAUGAUUUUCUCUCAAACACAAUAUAUAUGCCGGUAUUUCACACUUUCACAGUAAAACCAGUACUACAGAGAUGCACGUAAAUAAAUAUGUGUCUGGUAAAAAUAAGCCAUGUUUAACGAAGGAGGUUAAUGAACUCGUGGGCAGUGCGCGAAAAGCGCUUCCUCGCCAUUUUUAUUGUUUAUUUAUAGUUUUACCGUGCCUCUCCUGUGCGGCUUCACCUUUCACCUCCGGGACAUCGUUUUCACUCUAGUAGAGUCGCUCGAUUUCGACGCAGUAGACAGCGCCAUCGUCAGCAACAGCAUUUGAGGAGGUAAGUUGGUUCUUUAUAGUAUGUGGAGGGUGGUACUUGAUUUUCGAACUCUGUGGUUUCGACGGUUUCGAUGUUGUAACGUCUGUUGCUGUGCUUUAUGGUUAAUUCGGGAAUAAGCUGCUAUGAACGUAAUAUCUGCCAUACUGUGGACAUUCAGCAGCUUGACCGAUGGCUGCAUUGCUGCUGUGUGCUUAUUUCUACGGGCCAACGAACUUCUUGGAAGCAUUAUCCUUGAUGCCUGCUUCUAUGCAACGAGCGUGCUUCGUUGUUUCGGGAAAUGCUUGUGCCAAGCUUACACAGAACUUACCUUCUUCUGUCAGGACAUCGUCUCUUUUGUCGAUUUCAUCAUCAACGUAACCGACGCAAUAGUCCAUGGCAGUGUAGACUGCAUUGUCAGGACUUUAUGUGCCCUGCUUCGUUUAGUGGCUUUUCUGAAGACAAGUUUUGUGAACGGAUACAACGGAGUGGUCUCAACAGCAUCCGAAGUUGUGUCGUCAUGCCACAGUUUCGUGGCACUUCUGCUGAAUUCAGUAGUACUGUUGUUGCAAAUUUUGCCGUACAUUGCAGUUCAGGUUGGGCAUUAUGCGCUCUACGUUGUAUCUGAGAUCGCAAGGUUCAUUUUGACCUGUGUUAUGGCGGCAGUUGGCUCCGUAGUGAGUGCGACCGUCACUACGGCUUGUGUGCUGUCGCAGUUUCUCUUCGGUCAGCCGGGAGACGUGUACACCGGAUUAGUAAUCCUACUGCUGACAGCGAUCAUCUUGAAGAUUGCUGUUCGUGCAAGAGCUCAUCGAACCGUGUGGAGACGUGCCUUGCGUCUUGUCAACACCAUCACAUAUUGGAAGCCACAGCGGCGGCGGCAGUCCAGCGGAAUGAGAGAAAGUCCAUCGCCUCCUCCAUUUACGAUGACUUUGCGACGAACCACUGCACUACGCAGGGACAGAAUGAAUCGCCUCGAGCAAGAACUUGAACAGGAACGAGAAAAACAGCUCUGCGUUGUGUGCCUAAAUGAGGCACGUUCUGUCAUCCUUCUGCCUUGUCGUCAUUUUGCCCUGUGUACCCAGUGCCUUGGAACACUGUUUCAGCAGCAGCAACAGACAUGUCCGAUGUGUCGACAUACUAUUUAUGAAGCAAUUCCUGUGUAUGCUUAAACAUUUUCAAGAGCUGACUCAUUUCUUUGCAAGUACUAGAGGUUUCAGGAAACCUUUCUUUUUCUUUUUUGUGUUGUUUUUAUGCCUUUUGUUAUGUGUUUGUGUUUUGUUAUUCCUUUUGUGUUGCAUCAAGGUUUCAGAGCAUGAACACAUUUUGUGUACUGUGGUGCAUACCCUACAAUGUAAAUAGCAAGAGGAACACUAUCAUGUUUGACAUAUACAUACUUUUUGUGCCUUUGUGCGAGGACAUUUAGCAUUGACAGUGUUUCAUCUGUAUUGAAAUUCCUGUGAUUUACCUUAUGUAAGACUGUGGAGGGUACGUUCAGUCGGCCACUGUGUGACUAGGAUACAGCAGAACCCUGUUCUAGAAGCUGAGCAGGUUUCGCUAGUACUGAAUGAAACUUUUGUUAAUUAGCUUGUCCAUAAAUGGCAUGAACGUAGCUUAACCAGUAUGGGUUAGUUUUGUUGACCCAUGCUGGUAAACUGGGCACCAUGGGAGUAUGCGCAGCAGACUCCAUGAGCUACCAGUGAUGAUUCAGUUAAACAUUGACCGGAAAAAUGCUGCAGUGCAUCAUUUGUCUGUAUAGCCAAUGCCAAUAGCUGUGUUAUCAAACAUUCUUUGUUUGCUCCAAUUGGGUACAUUUCUGUUGCUUGUGUUUAUGCAAUGGGCUGUCUUGCUUUGGCUGUUAACUGCCUUGCGUCCAAUUCUAAAGUAAUAUUUUCGAAUAGAAAGCAGGAAAUGUAAGUGCAUAGAGUGUUUCAUUCAGUAAAAGUGGAGCAUUACUGUUCAUGACUUAUUUAUAGUGUUUUAUAAAGGGGGGGGGGGACUGACAACUGAUCAGUGUGUGUUACGAGAUUAUGAGGGAAAUGAAAAUAAUGUACUUUAUUUACAUUAAUAGAAUCAAGACAGGAUAUGAGCCAUUUAAGGUAUGAUUAUCAUUUUAAAUUGGCACAUUAAUGUAAAACUGCUUUCUUAACAACACACUGCUGUGAAACUGAUAAAACAUUAGAGCCUCCUGCAUGAUCACAAAUUGGUGUUAGUAACUUAGCUGUCAUUAAAUGCACCGCACUGUUUGUUUAAAAGUGUUUGUUAUAUUUUAUAUGCAUUUGUAAUAUCAGUAUGUACUGCAAUGUAAAGAAAAAAAGUUUAUGUUUACAAUUGACGCUGUCUGUCAUGGCAAAGACUGGAACAGCAGCAUCUCUCAUUGCAUGGCAAUGUGCAAAAUUGGUUUUGUAUGUGUGAGUUAGCAAGUCCUCCUCAUUGUAUUGUUAUCUCCCAGUGAGAUACAGAAUGCCCAUAAUUUACCCGCUAUGGUUACUUAGUGGCUUUGGCAUUGCACAGCUAAGCAUGAGGUCAGGGAGUAGCAAGUGCAUGUAUAUAUUAUUACAAAUAAUUCAGCAGUUCUGAAGGCAUAAGUACAAAAGGAUCAUCAAUGUAAAAAAAUAUAUAUUCUUGCAGCUGCACUUGGCUCCUGGCACAAUUUAUGUCAAGAUUUUGAUAGAAGCCUGAGGACCUUGAUGGGAAAAGCCAUAAAAAGGAUGCCAACUACAGAAAAAAAUGAAACAAGGUCAUGUUGGCUUCCCUGACUUGUCAGCUCCCAUCAGGGUAGCCAAAACAUGUGUAUUUCAUUUUUUUGUGGGGUCAGGGUCUUUUUUACUUAUUGCCAGAGUACAAUUGGCAUCACACUUGCUUCUCUGUUUCCAUCAUAGGACUACACGUUCAUGACUUCAAACAUAAAGAUUAUUAAUAAAUAUGUGCCAGGGUGUUUCCCACCCAGCUGCUUGUAGGGUUGGUCACUCAGGAUGGCAAACAUUCCACUACAUUUUGAAAAUAGCCACCGUAUAAAGAUUAGUUGUCAGCCCCAUUAAGCAAAUGAAGCAUAAUGUUUUUUGUUGUUGAACUGAGGGACACUUGAUCUCUGCUGUGAUGAGCAAAGUAUUAUUUUGGCAUACAAAGAGUAUUGCAUUGAAAAUCACUGCCAUUUUAAGGAAAUCUGUAUAUUGACCAUGCAAGAGUGCAUAGGCUUCAAUAAAGUGUCUGUGCCAAAAAGUGAGCCCCACUUUUCAUGCACAUUGUUCAUGCAGGACUACAUGCACUAAAGCUUUAUAUGUCCAUUGUAGCAAGUUUUUUUUUUAUAUAUAUAUACUGUACCUGACAAUUUUUUUAAAUUAUAUUUUAUUAGGUUGUCUCGAAAACACUUUACCUGCCAUGAUGGCCUAGUUGCUUUGGUGUCGCGCUGCUAAACCCGAGGGCACAAAAUUAAAUCUCGGCCACUGUGGCCACAUUUUGAUGUGGGCGAAAUGCAAAAACACCUGUGUACCGUGUGUUGGGUGCAGAUUAAAGAGCCCCAGGUGAUCAAAAUUAAUACAGAGUCCCCCGCUACAGCAUGGCUGAUAAUCAUGGUGGUUUUGACAUGCAAAGUCCCAGAAUUUAAUUUUUUAGAACAUCUUAAGUGCAUUGGUUUUUGUUUUUAAUUCAUUUUGGCACAGAAGCAUUUCAUCAAUGUGUAUUCCACUAACUUCCUGUGCAAUAUCUAUAAUGGCAUCAACACAAUUGCUGCUACACAUUUACAUUAAUAAGCAAGGUUUAGAGGGAAUAAAUUGCUAACAGUUGUUUCCCAGUCACAUGGCAGUUUACAUUGCCAGUGUCUUGGUUCAUUUACCCAAAAUUUCGCUGACCAUUUGUACUGGCCAUUUAGUUAGGUAAUUUGCACCUUCAUAGCUUUCACUGUUCAUGAUGUUUGAUCUUGUGUUUGGUCUUCUUUUGAAUAGGGAAGUGCUUCAUGGUUAGGUCUCUUUUAGUUUACUGCUAGCAUAUAUCAAAAUUAUGGUAUGCUUAGUACAGGUUCCCUGAAUAGGCUCAAAAGGUUUCUAUAUUCAAUAUCUUUCUCAAAAGCUUUCUGCAGUCACUUUGUUUGAUUCCCAAAUCAAAUACAGAUACAGUUUGGAGAUUGUUAGGACUGUGUUUUAGGGAGGGAGGGCAAGAAGAGUUGUCAAAUUGUGCACUUGCUUUUUAAUAAUGGGUUAAGCUAUAAAUUAAAAUUGUCAUACAGCUGAUCACUGUAGUUACAAAGAAAAUUAUGGUGUGUGAGGAGAGUCAGUGUAAGGCAAACUGCCAUAGUGAAGUUUGUAUCAAGUGGCAUGUGUAUGUGUGCAGACCAAAAAUUUUUGUUGAAAAGUUGUGUAUAAAGACUUCGUGCAAACUUUGUGGUGGUGUUCUGCAUAUAGAACUAUAUUAUCUUGAAUAAACUCCAUAUGUUGAAUAUUUCUUAAA